AUGCAGUUAGCCAAUUUUGACAGCAAAAAGAACGAGUUUAAUUACGAGUAUGAUAUUACCAAGAAAAUUGUCUCGAAGAUAUUAAAUAAGCUGAACAAGGAACAGGGAAUAUCGUCUGGCACCAAAGAUUACAACAGGAGUAAAAUUGUGAAAUAUUUCUUCGAAGCUGAAUUGCUAUUUAAAUAUCAUGAUAUGAACAAGUCAGGCGAAUUAGACAUCAAACUGUUUCCACAAAUGGCUAGACAAUUAAAACAAAUUUAUGAUAUACGAGAUAUAAAAAAAUUCGAAAAAGAAAUGCAGUUCAAGAAAAUAAAUAAGAUGAGUUUACCAAUGUUUUUAACCUUAUUAAAAAGAAGACUAUUCAAAACUAUUGAUGAAAAUGAAACAUUCCAAAAAUAUUUCCAUGUCUUAGAUAUGGAUAAAAAAAACAAAAUUGAUGUUAAUAAAUUAAAGUCUUUUUUAAGUUUAAUUGGAGAUAAGGUAAGUGCGGAAAAUUUUGAUUUUUUUUUUAAAUAUAACAUUACAAAUAAUGAUAAGUUAAAAGAAGAAGAUAUUAUAAUGGAUGAUAAAAAUAAUCCAACAGAAAUUUCCGCUGAUGCGUAUAGAGAUAUGUUAACUUAUUAUAAGUACCUGUAG